AUGGUCUACCAAGGCAAGCCUUCGAGGGGCUGUCAGAUGUGCCGGACUCGUCGCAUCAAGUGUGACGAGACAAAACCUACAUGCAACCAGUGUGCCAAGUCUCGCCGGCAGUGCCCCGGAUACAGAGAUGAGUUCGACCUAGUGUUUCGUAACGAGACCCAAGCUACGGAGAAGAGAGCGCAGCGGGCAACAAAAAAGGCUUUGGCGCAACGGAUGACCAAAUUCGCUCCCAGCUCUACGCCUGAACCAAUGUUUUCAAACGGAGAAGAUUCAUCCGCUAACUCCUCCUUUAUGGACUUGGACGGCCAGGCGACUUGCCACUUCCUCUCCAAUUACGUCCUCAUUCCCCGGCAAGGCAACGGACGCGGGUUCCACGAGUAUGUAGUGCCAUUGCUGAGGGCAGAAGAGGUGGCCCCUCAUUUCAAGGCCGCGUUCGACGCCUGCGCGAUGGCUAGCUUCGCCAAUACCCGGGGAGACCAGCUUCUAGUUGAACGAGCCCUACGUAUUCAUUCAAAGGCGUUGGGGGCUAUAAACAUAGCCUUGAACAACCCAGACACCAUCAAGCAGGAUUCCACACUGGCGUCAAUCCUCUUGCUGGGGCUUUUCGAAAACAUAACAACCAGAAACCUUGGCAUGCUGGCUUGGGGACCUCACAUCCGUGCCGCGAUCCAGCUUGUCAGGAAACGAGGCCGCAAGCAACUGCGGACCAAAAUCGGCGUCGCCUUGUUCAUUGCAGUGCGAACCCAGAUGAUUGUCCACACGCUCAGUACUGCCAAACCACCUCUAAUGCAGGCGGAGUGGUGGCUUAAUUCAGAUUCUGUCCGGGAUACGUAUGCUUCCCAGUGUCAGAGGCUCGGCAUCCGCACUGGGGAAAUCAGGGCAGAGGUAAACCGGCUCAUGAGCCAGCUCCCUCGAAACAUGCAAAGCGUUGAAGCUAUGAAAGACUUGAUCAGACAAGCUCGGGAGGUGGACUUUGAGUGCAUCCGAUGGGCGGAGACGCUUCCAGAUCAUUUUAGAUACCGGACAAUCCUCUGGCAAGAUGAAAUUCCCGAUGCCGACUACAGUCAGCUGGAAGUGUUCCCAGGCCGCGUCGAUGCCUACCCAGACUUGUGGGUGGCCAGCAUAUGGGGCAUGAUGCGAAUAUCACGAAUCAUCCUGGCGUCAGUCGUGAUUCGGUGUACAGCCUGGGUCUGCUCACCUGUCGACUACCGCACAGCCCCAGAAUAUGCCACAGCGAGGAGAAUAUGCGUGGAGAACAUCACCGAUAUCAUAGCUUCGGUACCCUACCAGCUCGGGUGGUUUAGCACACGAAAGCACCUGUUUCAGCAAGACAGCCUUUCUGGGUUUGCCUGCGGCGAAGACGAUACUUACAAAAGCCUCUCUGGAUACUUUUUAACUUGGCCGUUGGCUUGUAUCCAGGGACAAGACUACACGACUGAUAUCCAGCGGACCUGGGCUCGUGGACGGCUCACCUACAUCGGAAAGCAUCUUGGCGUCUCGUAUGCUCUCAUGCUAACUCAGCUCCAAUAUCGGACUCCCUCUAUGCUCAUCAAAAUGGAUGGCACAAUGGCCAACAGUCCGUCUGUCAACGUCGAGAAGCUUCUCUCCAUGAAAGUCGCAAAACCGUCCGAGGUUUUACCCACGAUGCCCAUGGCACCGCAGAUGUUCCGGCAGCAGAUGUUCCAGGGUCAGCCGACUGUAUUGUUGACGCAGCACGCUAUGUCGACAUACGAUGAUACAAGUCCAGAAGGGGAUUGA